UAAUCCGCUGCGGAUUUGCCGCCUAUUGACUCCAAUGGGUCUGUAGCAAAUCUGUUGCGGAUUUUCCUGCGGAUUCUGACCCAUUGAAGUCAAUAGCGAUAUAAUCCGCAUGUGCUGCCGGGAGUCCCCGGUGUCCGCUCCGCCUCCCGGGAUGUCUGCUGGCCGGCCUGUGCUCCGUGUUCUCCGGCUGGGCCGGCUCCCGUUCCCCGAGGCUCUGGCCGUACAGCAGCGUUGUGUCCGGUCUCUUCAGGAGGCUCCGGGCCGGGACUCGCUCCUCCUGGUGGAGCACCGGGCGGUGUACACUGUGGGGAUCCGGCGGGGCCCGUACCCCGGGGAGGAGGAGGCUCGGCUUCGGGCCCUCGGAGCGGAUUUCCAGCGCACAGACCGCGGCGGCCUCAUCACCUUCCACGGCCCCGGACAGCUGGUGUGUUACCCGGUGCUGGACCUCCGCCGCCUCCGCCGGUCCCUGCGGGACUACGUGUGCGGCCUAGAGGGCUCCGUCAUCGGCCUGUGCCGGGGGAUGGGGCUGGAGGCGGGCCGGGCCCCGGAGACCGGAGUGUGGGUGCGGGACCGGAAGAUCUGCGCGAUCGGGGUCCACUGCUCCCGGCACAUCACCUACCAUGGCCUCGCCCUCAACUGCAACACCGACCUGUCCUGGUUCAGCCACAUCGUGCCCUGUGGGAUUGUGGGUAAAGGCGUCACCUCGCUGAGCGCGGAGCUGGGCCGGGAGGUCACCGUGGAUGAGGUCGUCCCCCCGUUUUUGGAAGCCUUCCAGGAGGAGUUCAAUUGUACUGUGGAGUAUAGUGAUGAUCAUGUGACCGCGGAGGGGAUGACGUAGGAUUAUAAACGUAUAAUGUACGGACCGCUAUAUGUUCUGUGGAUGGAGCGGACAGCAGACGUAUUAAAGGGCCCGAGGGGCCCCCGAGUCCUCCUGGGUCUCCUCUGCUCUGGAGUCUUCCCUCUUCAGUGUAUUCACCAGGAGGUGCCGGGCAGAUUUGGCCUUUUUGUUGAAAUGUACACAGCCUAUAAAUAAUACCGUCAUACAGUUA